AUGCUCUCCCUCCGCACACUGCCGCGGCUGAUUCGCGAUGUCGGCGUUUCGGCGUGCGGGACCGCAAAAACGCUGUCUACUGCAUCAGGCGGCGUCAAUGUGACACGUGAAGCCGCUAUUACCAACCUGGGUGCUGCUAACCGUGACUCAGGAACUGAUGUUGCAACGACGCCCCUGAAAAGGGCCGUGCUCAUGGAGCCAGCCACUCUUUGCAGAACACUGGUACAAGCAAGUAAGGAUGGACAGGGUGGGAAGAGAGCCUGGAAGGCUCAUAUAAGAAAGGCCGUAGAAAUCAAGGAUCAGCUCACCUUGAAACAAAUCGCAAUCGUCAUCCACAGCUGCACCAACGCGAAUGUUGGCAAGGAAUACCUACGCGGCCUUAUUGAUGGCCUCAAACCCGCUGUAUUGCCGCACUUGAUACGUGCUACAGCGACAAACGAGGUUGGACGGGUUGAACUCUACAACAUUUACAGCAUACUGCAUGGGACGGCUACUGCUGAGCAGAACGAUGCAGAAUUGAGUCGAGCGCUAAAAGACGCAGCUGUGGCCCAGUUCAGGCACUUGCAUGCUGCAGGGGAGCGUGAACCGCUAAAACCGUUCAUAUUCGAGGACGUUGCAGGCAUCAUGCACGCGCUCAUGGUAAUGCGAGUUGCCGUGACAGACGAGGAAACGAAAUUGUGCCACGACCUCUUCAUGCAACUCUAUAGCAGGAAUGAGUCCGUGAGGAGAGCCAUUUCUCACCGGGCGUUUGCCAUCUGCGUAAAUACUCUGGAGCGAAUGGGGUGCCAUACGCAGCAAAUGUACCACGUUGCUUCAAGUUACCUACGUGCAAACCUAAACGCAAUGCACGACAUCAAAGACGUGUCGAUGGUGUACUGUGUAGCUGCUCGUGUUUGGGCUGCCAUCAGUGCCAUGGGUGAUAACUACGACCGCGUUACGCCAGGACACACAACAUUGAGUCCUCGAUCGACGUUAUGCAAAGAUGCGAUGACGAUGGUUGAUUCCACAGGUGGUCACGUGGAAUCCGCAAAAACAACUGAUGCGGUGGUGCUGCAAGAUGCGGUUGUGAAUGAACAUCAAAACGAUUUCAUGGGAGAGUGGUGCAGCAUUAUCACUCUCACUGCCAUCGUUCUAGACCACCUGGUUCAGCCGUGUAGUUUCAUUCGCGGGGAGUAUGUCGAGGGUCAAAGUAUCGCCACCGUGGCCGCUCAUGCGGCGCCCUAUGUAGACAAAGGUAACAGCGAACUCCUCCAGCGGUACUCCUCUUUCGUUGCGAUGGCAGUGGAACACGUGAUGCAGAACACGGACGUUGACCAUGUCUCGUUGAUACACCUUAUGAAGUGCGCUAUUGGUAUAAAUAGGCCGCAGGAAGCUAUGCUCAUGAUCGCUGCAAAAAGCGUGCACUCCGUGGGAUUGCUGGGCACGCCUCUGGAAUUCUCGCAACAUAUUGCCAACCUUAAAGCGUUGCAAUCGAAUCACUUUGGUGACACAGUGCACGAAUUGCUGGACUCAAUCGCCACCGCCAACAUGCUGCAGUUUGAGCGCAGACUAGCCAUGCCUCCUGUCACCACGAAACCGCAACCGCAGCGUAGGCGAGCGUUACGGGACCUCAUAAAGGCCGCCACGAAGAAAGGCGCAGCAGCGGAAACAAUGUUCGUACACAACGAUCUUUACAACUUCUACAAGGGUGCCGAUGCGUUCAGAUACUGCGCGAAAACGAUCGCCGCCGUCGGAGGUUUCAACGGACACAAAGCGGCAGUUGACAUUGCGAAAAGAAUCGUCGAAAACAUUGAGAGUCUAUGCGCAUCGCAAACACAACACGCGGAUCUGGAAUCUGUAGCGGCCAUACUCACGGGACUACAUAGGUUCAGGAUGAAAAAUGAGCGCGUGCUUCAUCGCAUGGCUUCUGAGACGAUGCGGCAUCUACAAUCAAAGCAGCACCCAUCAAUACUAUCGCAAAUACUCAUCGCAUAUGCAAAGUUGGGCAGCCCGCUGAACAGAAAUAUCGAGCGGGGGGUUGUCCACUCACCCGGCACAAAACGCAUUACAAGGUCAAACAAAUGGCGCAACUCGCAGGGUGCAUUCGAAACGCUAUUUGUACAAGCUCUCAAAGCUAUAACAGCGGACAGUUGCAGACAAUACAUGAACGCCCAGGCAACGGUCAACUGCCUAUUUGCCUUGACGCUCUCUGGGAUGGGACAUGACGUACCCCUAUUUCUGUAUAAGCUGCUGGCAUUACUUCGGCAGUUUGGAACCGACUGUUACAAGUGUGUGGAGGUGCGAAAGCAGUUGAAGAUUGCACUGCUAGUGCUGCGUAGAACCUGCCGCAAAAGCAAACGUGCCAUUUACAACCAAGUCAAACGCGUAUACAAACACGCAUUCAAGAAGGAGUUGAAAGACAUUGCAGCUACGAGAUGUACCGCGGUUGUCACGAAUAGGCGCAACCCUACAAUGUCUGGCCUGCAUAGAGAGGUAUGGAGGCAUGUGGCAACUACAUGUCCGGAUGCCGUUAUACGAUCCGAAGUUACGUGCACUAAUCGACUCUACUACACCGAUCUCGUUGUAAAAACAGGCAAUGCAAAGACGUAUAUCGAAGUGGAUGGGCCUACACACUUCUUCCACGCAACACACCAAAUGAUGCCGUCUUCCAAACUCAAACAUGCUAUACUCAAGGCGCAGGGCAAAAGAAUCGUACACACUCCUUUUUACGAUUGGAAGCCGCCUCUGACGCUGCUCAAGUGUCAUGUAAGAGGCAACACAAGACACCGGCAAGCGCAUAACAACGAUGUAGCAGUAUGA